AUGGGCUACAAAACGACAUAUAGCACUAGAUACAAGAACUCUACAAUGAAACACAAUGUUCCAUUAUAUCAAUUCGCCAACGUAGAUGGCUCAGAACUUUCUGCCAAACCUAAUGCAUCGUUUCGCAAAUCGUUGAAACAUGCGAAGAGGAACAAAACAAGUGAUCUCAUCGAAAAGCCACAUAAAUGUCAUGUUUGUUGUAAAAGUUUUGGCAAGAAAUUUGAACUUUCAAGGCAUCUCGUAGUACAUACAAAAGAAAGACGUUUCAAUUGUGAAAAAUGUGGCAAAAAGUUUUCACAGCGAUCGUCAUUGAGUCAACACGUGCAAAUGCAUAAUGAAGAGGAAGCAUUACGUCACAAGUGCACCUUAUGUGGAGCAUCCUUUUCGCAGGCAGGCAAUCUCCGUCGACAUGUCACCUUAUUACAUCCGACUGAUGUAGCGUCGCGAACCGUAUUCAGAUGUCCGCAUUGUACGUGCGUCUUUAAUUCAGUACAACCACUGCAAGUUCACAUGCGUAAACGACAUCAGUAUGAUUCGAGCGCAUCGCAGUCUCCAAAGUCCAAAAACGAGUCAUUUCCAGUGGUCGUUGAGAAUUUGAAGCAGCAAGAGGCGGUCACUUCUGAAUCACAACAAAAUAUACGCAAUCGACGUAGAUUGGUUUGUUGUUCAAUUUGUGGGAAAGCAUUCGGUAAAUGUUCGGAUUUGUUGCGACAUUAUCGCGUUCAUAGCGGUAAUCGACCGUUUUCAUGCAAUCGUUGUCAUAAAAACUUUGCAUGGAAAUCGUCACUGAAGUUGCACUCGGAAAAGCACAUUCGUGAAGAGAAUGCAUAUAAUUACAACGAAUGCUCUAGAUGUCAUUUAUGCAUGAAACAGUUAUCGUCUACGACAUCACUGCGCAGACAUAUCAAACUGCAUGCGCGUUCGUCAGAGCGUUGUGCAACGUGUUCACAGUUGUGCGUCCCACAAGAAAAUAGUGAAGUAAGUGAGAUGAAUGAAAUUGAAAACGAAGCGCAGCAGCUUAUCAGUGAUGGUAAUGAUUUAGCGGUUCAGUUAUUCGGCGAUGCUGAUUUACAAACGACUGACGUUAUGCAGAAAGGUCAUCAUCAGUCACAACUGGGCAACGAAUGUGUAUUCGACGAAUUUGGCAUGAUUGCAAAUGCAUACCCAUCGCUGGUCGAGCAACCAUCUUCAUCUGCAGUCAUAAACGAACCGCGUUGUCCUGUGUGUCUUUUCACGUUUCAUUCAGAGACAGCAUUAUGUUCACAUCUGGCUAAUAUGAACAUAGAUCCAGCACAUGAAUUUGCUGUUCUAAUUUGUUCCAUUUGCGAGAAAAGUUUCACUGGAUCAACUCAACUCAGUGAACACCUCAGAACAGUUCAUAUGAAGGAUUUGCAGUUGGAGCAUGUUCAAGCAGCUGAAACUGUUAAGCCGCCAGCUGUUAAUGUCACUGCAGUGAGCGAUGAAAAGAAACACAAGUGUGGUGUUUGCGGAAGAGCCUUCAAGAAACCGUCGGAUCUUCAACGGCAUACACGGAUUCAUACAGGUGAAAAGCCGUUUGUUUGUGGUGUAUGUGAUCGAGCUUUCCGUGUCAAAUCGACGUUGUAUCAGCAUAUGAAGGUACAUGAUGAUCAAAACGACAGUAUAUUUGAAGUAUGUGCAGUAUGUGGUAAAUGUUACUGCUCAAAAUCUGCUCUCAAACAACACCUUUUAUUUGCACACGCUCAACAUAGGCCGUUCAAGUGCACAGUGGACACCUGUGAUCAACAUUUUCAAUCAGUUCGUCAUCGUGAUGCUCAUGUGCAACGAUUCCAUGGAAACGAGUCGACCAAUAUCGAUAAUGCAGCUUGUAUUGCUCACAAAACUGAUGCAUCGUCAGAUUUAGUUUAUGAUUCUCGCGAUCAGUUCAUUCAAACGGCUCAGCAGUUAGCGCCAUCCUCAAAAAAUCUCACAACUAUUGAGCCUUCAUUCACUUCUGCUUUCUCGCGUCCCAUCAAUCAGAACGAGUGGAACGCAUCGACGAAUAUCGCGAUACGUUUAUCACCACAUACUCGUUCGGGAAAUGUGUUGGUACACAUCAACGUCGUCAGCGGGAUACCGCCAGAGGAUGGUUCGGUUGUUAUCGAAUUAUCGAUGCUGAAACCGCUUUCUUCUGAAGGUAUUUCUUUGAAGAUACCUAUAUCGCUGCCAUUCCUCACAUCUGGCUCGUUUAUGGCUGUUGAUGCGCAUCGUAUUCUUAUGAUGCUUUCUAAAACAGAGAGUGGCACUCUAAUGGUACCAAUGAACGUUUCAACGGAAGUCACCAAUUUUCCGGUUGCUGUGUUCGGUGCUUUAAUGACUACUGAAGUAGCCUUUGAACGUGCAGCAUUUACAACUAGCUGUCACGUUUGUUCACAGUACUUCAUGAGUGCUGAGGAAAGUGAGGCACAUUUCGCUGGUGAGGAUCACGAAACUGCUGAGUUACUUUCAUUCACCGAACUAAACACCAAUCCAGUCGGGAAUACAACAUUGAAUGCACUUACCAAUCAAUAUUUACCAUCGAUUACAACGAAACACAUGGCAAAUGAAGUGUGCAAAUUGUGCACAGAGCAAUUCGAUAAUCAUGAAGGUUUACUGCUACACAUUCGUCGUGUGCAUGAAGGAGAUAGCAUCGAUAUUCUGGCCAGAAGAGAUCACUUUAAUAGACGACGUACUCUUAAUUAG